AUGGCCCUUCCCGAGGAGGAUGUCCAUAUGAUCAUCAAACAGGUUUGACCUCAAAAACUCCAGAUGAAUUAUUAAAUUUAACAUCCAGGUGCUCGAUGAGGUCAUUGGCCCAAAUGCCGUCUAUACGCACAAAGAUAGCGUGCAAUGGAAUCAGAAGGCGGUCGAGCAGAUUACGAAAAAGCUUGUGGCCGCCGGAAAGCCGUACAAGUAUAUUGUGACCUCGUCGUUCCUCCAAAUCGCGAACGGUUCCGGCCUCAACGUGUCCACCAUUAGCUACUGGAAUAAGGUUACGGAUAGUGAGUGCGCCUGUCGGCUCGGCUCGGAAAAACCCUCUUUUUUCAGCCUCUUACAUGUACAGAUGGGAAGCGAAGGCGAUGCUGGCAAUCGUCUACGUUUUCGCCAUCCAAAUCUAA